CCCGGGAGAACACCGGGCUAGUGAGCGCCUGAAGACACAGCUACCCUCGGAGGCUCGCCCCUGCGCGCAGGCUUCAUGGCGGCGCGGCUGUUGUCCCGGAUGCUGCAGCGCGUUGUGGGGUCCAGUGCCCGGAGCUGCAGCUCGGGGGCUCCGGUGACGCAGCCCUGCCCCGGGGAGCCCUCGCAAGCUUCCGCGGAUCUGUCCAGACGGAGGCAGUUCCUGCGGGAGCAUGCAGCCCCCUUCUCUGCCUUCCUCACUGACAGCUUCGGCCGGCAGCACAGCUACCUACGGAUCUCCCUCACGGAGAGGUGCAAUCUCAGAUGUCAGUACUGCAUGCCCGAGGAGGGUGUUCCUCUGACCCCCAAGGCUGACCUGCUGACCACAGAGGAGAUACUGACCCUUGCCCGCCUCUUUGUGAAGGAAGGUAUCACCAAGAUCCGCCUCACAGGUGGAGAGCCACUCAUCCGGCCAGAUGUGGUAGACAUUGUGGCCCAGCUCCAGCAGCUGGAAGGGCUGAGGACCAUUGGUAUCACCACUAACGGCAUCAACCUAGCCCGGCUCCUGCCCCAGCUUCAGAAGGCUGGUCUCAGUGCCAUCAACAUCAGCCUGGACACCCUAGUGCCAGCCAAGUUUGAGUUCAUCGUCCGCAGGAAAGGCUUCCACAAGGUCAUGGAGGGCAUCCACAAAGCCAUUGAGCUGGGCUAUAGCCCAGUGAAGGUGAACUGUGUGGUGAUGCGAGGCCUGAACGAGGAUGAGCUCCUAGACUUUGUGACCUUGACCAAGGGACUGCCCCUGGAUGUGCGCUUCAUAGAGUAUAUGCCCUUUGAUGGCAACAAGUGGAACUUCAAGAAGAUGGUCAGCUACAAGGAGAUGCUAGACACCAUCCAGCAGCAGUGGCCGGAGCUGGAGAAGCUGCCAGAGAAGGAAUCCAGCACAGCCAAGGCCUUUAAAAUCCCUGGCUUCAAAGGCCAGGUCAGCUUCAUCACAUCCAUGUCUGAGCAUUUCUGUGGAACCUGCAACCGGCUGCGGAUCACAGCUGACGGGAACCUGAAGGUCUGCCUGUUUGGAAACUCCGAGGUAUCUCUGCGGGAUCACCUGCGGACAGGGGCUUCCGAGCAGGAGCUGCUGAGAAUCAUCGGGGCUGCUGUGGGCAGGAAGAAACGGCAACACGCAGGCAUGUUCAAUAUUUCCCAGAUGAAGAACCGGCCCAUGAUCCUCAUCGAGUUAUUUUUGAUGCUCCAAGAUUCUCCACCAGCCAAUCCAAGCAUUUCCUCCUGGGACCCCUGCCAGGUUCAGGGUCUGAGACCCAGAAUGAGCUUCUCCAGCCAGAUGGCAACUCUGUGGAAAGGAUGUGGGGUCCCCCAGGCCCCUUCCCUAGCCCAGCAGUGGCUGGGGCCUGGCUCCUCUUGGAGACAUUACACUUCCCAUGCAGACUCAGAUACCAACUCAAAGUGCCUUAGCUCAGUGUCCCAGGCUCCUGCCACACCCCCAAGACCCCUGUCAACCUCAGAACAACUAACCCAUGUGGACUCGGAAGGACAAGCAGCUAUGGUAGAUGUGGGCGGGAAGCCAGACACAGAGCGGGUGGCUGUGGCCUCAGCUGUGGUCCUCCUGGGGCCUGUGGCCUUCAAACUCGUCCAGCAGAACCAGCUAAAGAAGGGAGAUGCCCUGGUGGUGGCCCAACUAGCUGGAGUCCAGGCGGCCAAGCUGACCAGCCACCUGAUUCCUCUGUGCCACCAUGUGGCCCUGACCCAUGUCCAGGUACGGCUGGAGUUGGACAGCACACGUCAUGCUGUAGUGAUCCAGGCGUCUUGCCAGGCUCGGGGCCCCACCGGCGUGGAGAUGGAGGCCCUGACCUCCGCUGCUGUGGCCUCACUCACCCUGUAUGACAUGUGCAAGGCUGUCAGCAGGGACAUCGUGCUGGGGGAGAUCAAACUCAUCAGCAAGACUGGGGGCCAGCGAGGAGACUUCCAUCGGGCUUAGCACUCCUGCCCUUCUCACCGAUGGCUCAGCCAGCUCUAAAGAUGGGUUGUAGUUAGGGCAGAGGGUAAGACGUCAUGUUCCCUUAACCCCAGUCACUGUUUACCUUCACCAGUAGGGACCCGAGCUCAGGCCACUCUACUACUAGUCCGCUGCUAGAUGAUCUCUGACGACCUGUGAGGUCAUAGGAUGCCUGCACAUAGGAUGCCACUAGGCCCCUGAGCCUUGCAGAACACUAAGGUCACGGGGGGGUGGAGGGGGGGAUG